CUUUUAGCAGACACAUUUAAGACCUGCUCAUCCAAAAAUAAAAAAUCAAUACUUUGGAGUUGUGCAGACGCUCUGACAUCCAGCAACUUCCAUUAACCCAUGUUUGGGAUAUGUAAAGUCACUCACAACAUAUGUUUACAACUUGUUUUCUUACUUAAUACAUAUAAACUGAAUUUUACAAAUUAAAUAAAUUAAGGUGAAACUUUUUGUAUAGUCGACUGUGAUAUUUUAGAAAUAGUUCGUCUUACAAUUCAAUAAUUAGUCUCAAUGAAGGUAUCCGCAUAUACAGGUAUGAAUCUACGCGGUGAAAUCCGGGAAAGUAUAUCUCUCGAUGAAGAUGAUCUAAGCGAUGUAGAAGAUGAAGUUUUUAUUAGAGAUGGAAAAAACGGUUAUAAGUUUGCAGACGAUUUAACUGUAAAACGUCCGCUGAUGGCCAUAAGACGAAAAUGCGGAAGGCCCGAUGGACUUGGAACGUCGAGGUUAAAAGCGAAACCUUUGUGCAAAGAUUUUUGCAGACCUUGUUGCUACGUUUUCGCAGCUCUCAGCAUAUUAAUUGGUUUAAUAAUUUUAGUAGUGGUGUUAGUAUCAAUUUAUCCUCUGCCUUUGGGUAAAUUCAGAGACUGGUUGAUAAAAAAAUCGCAGAGGGCGGAUGAUUUCAAAGUGAAUAAGCUUCUGCCGUGUGAUAGUUUAAAAGUAACUGAUGUAUGGUCGGUAAAUUUACCUAAACUUACCACUGAUUCGCCUGUACGAAUCUUGGAUGUCAAUAGCGAUGGGACUGAUGAUAUUAUUUUCGGAUUUGGGACAGGUGACAAUUACAACAUCUUACCCCCGGAUAUAUUUUGCCCUAUAUUCAUGGGCGUUCCAUAUCCUUGCGAAGGAGGUGUUAUAGCCUUAAAUGGAUUAACGGGUGACAUAAUAUGGAGACAUUGGUUCAACGAUACGAUAUUCUCUAUACAAUGUACAGUAGACAUUAAUGGUGACAAGCAGAAUGAUUGUUUGGUCAUAGGCAUGGAAGGGACAAUUGCAAUAAUCAAUUCCAAAAACGGAACAACUAUAUGGACUCUAAACACAGGAAGGCUCAAUGUUUUCGUUGCGUCUUUCAUUCCAGAUCAAAAUAACGAUUCUGUACCGGAUAUUAUCGCAUCGCAUUCCUCUUUAAACACUGAACGAGAUGGCCAUCUAGUUUUGUUUUCCGGUAAAACCGGAAAAGAAAUAAAAAACGUAAGGACUCCAGGGGACGCUAAAAUUUUUUACAUGCCUCAAAUUCUCGUUCAAAAUAGUACAACGUCGUUUGUAAUAUUUGGUACUGGAUCGCCAUCUUCUGGCGGAAACUUAACUGCAGCACCUAUAGAAGAUAUUUCUAUAGGAGUUUUGGGUAACUCGACAAAAAGCAUAUACGAAGAUAAAUUCAAAGGAAUAUUAACCCAAUCAGUUCUCGUAGACAUCACAGGAGAUAAUAUUCCAGAUAUAAUAACAGCCAUGUACAAUUCAACUUUGGUCGCCAUAAAUGGUAAAAAUUUCGAACAAAUCUGGAAUUUCACAGUGCCUGGUCCCAGUCCAGAGACUAAUAUCAGUCCAACUCCGGCUUACUUCAAUUUCGAUAAUGUUACGGAUUUUUUGAUUAUUUAUCAGAAAUACGACGACAUUCUCAAUUAUAACUACACACAAACCUUCAUAAUUGAUGGUAAAUCUGGUGAAUCCAUGUACAGACCCAUAACCGGUGGAGUAAUAAGCCAGUCUAGUGGUUUAACCGUUAGUUCUGAAUCUUAUGGUUACGAUAUGUACUUAUUUUGGACUUCAGAAUGUACCAAUCUAGGAAAUUUGAAAAAACUGGACGAAACGAAAGCUAGCGAUAUGUAUGGAGAAUGUUUAGACCACUCUAACAACACCGUGGGAUUAAAAUUAAAUGCCUUAAGUCAGUUCCACCAGCCACCGGGAUUUGUCGUUUAUAAUUCAGUUGAAAGAAUUCCGAGCGAAUUCAACACGCACAUUUCUAUUUUAAAGCAAUUGAAAGAAUAUUACAAGUCGCAUCCGAAGAUACACAUUAGUAGUUCAGGGCAGUCGGAAGUUGACGAAGGUUAUAAAACUGAUUCGAUACCGAUAGGUAUUAAAAAAUAUGGAGCGUCUAGCUUUAGACAUAAUAAGGAUCGCAAUGCUGGUUUGCAAAAUUAUAUGGCCGUUAACGACGAUAUGGAAAGUUUUCCUGAAGAAAGAGAUACAGCAUUAUUGGACCAAGACUACGACGACAACAACUACUAUCCAUCAAUGGAAAACACCAUCCCUUACGAUCCAAAACACUCGCCUCUCGAUCGGAAUCUAGAAAUGGCCAACACCAGAGAUCCUAGAAGCAAAGACAACACUAACAUCUCCAGAAGGCAAGAGACGUCAUCGAGCAAAAAAAAGAAUUUGUCCGAAAAAAAUAACGGAAUUUACGAUUACACCAACGUCCGAAGAUCGAGAAACAGACUCCUGCACGACGUCGACUACGUACCGACGGAGAUCUUAAAAGAUUCAUACGUCAAAAAUGAAGAAAUGCGAUUGAGAAAGUCCAGGUUCGAACAAAGGGACGUCAAUACUCAUAUAGACAAAAUCAAGGAGAAGGAGGAAAUACAGAAAAUUAUUAAGAAACAGAUCGAAGAAGCUAAGAAGAAUGAAUCGUUGAGUUUGUGGGAUUUGGAGUCUGAGAAGGAAAUGAAGGAUUGGUUGGACAGACAAUAUAGAUCCAAAAGAGAUGCUAAUUUCAGUUUAGAUGGAACUGUUAAAGUUACAUCAGUAGGAGCAAUUUUAGACUCAUUUAACACAACAAAUACAACAAAUUCGUUCGAUAUAAUUUUCGUCACUUAUUGGCAACCGACAAUAAAAAAGAAAGAAGAAUUUUUAAAACUGGACAUUCAAGAAUGUAUUCGAGAUAAACUAGAACAAGAUAAAACGGCUCACGUUGACCAAAAAACGACGGAUAAAGAACAACGCGAGCUCUUCGAAGGAGAAUGUCUGGAAGAGCAAGCCAAUCUCAAAAACGAGUUCAGUUUUUUUAAUCAAUUAAACCGACUCAGACUUGGUCAAAUGACUCUUUACAGAUUGAGGAUACAAUGCGAUUGCGUGAACAAAAAACAGAACGAGAGUUGCGCCAAAUUUCUGCCGAAAGAGAAACAAAGCUGGCCCAGCUAUUUAGGCAGGUUGGGCGAUGGGGUAUUUUUUAAAAAGGGGUAAAAGGUUAGGAAGGAAACCCGAAUAGAGAAAAUACCAUUACAUCACGAUGCGCACUUGUCCGCUCUUAUCAAUCGCCUUGGUAACAUCGCUGUUAAACUAAUCGUACCUGCCAAUGGUUUGAAAUCUAGCUAUUUAAAAAAUGUGAUGUAGAUGGGAGAUGUGUGACGUAAUGAUAUCGUCUCUAUUCGGGAUUCCUGGGCCUUAAAAUUUGUCAGUAAACUGAAAUCGCUGAUGCUUUCGAUUUUGGCGAAGGGAUAAUCGAAAUUUAAGACACCCAGUAGAACAAGGCUAAAUGAAAAUGUGAAUUUAGUCGUACAUAAUUAACUUGUUAAAUUUUAAUUCUUUUUCUGAUUAAAUAACAACAGAAACACUUCUAAAAUUGCUGGAAUUACGAUUAUUUGAAUUAUGUAUGAAUAAGAAAAAUGGCUGUGACGGAUCUACAGAUGCAGAUAUGGACUCAUGACUUUUUUUACACAGGGUGUUUUUGUCCGGGGUGCAAUUGUCCUGUUACGCAUUUUUUACUUGCGGGCGCUUGUCUAUGUAACUGCUUUGAAUUUUAGAAUAUUUUAGAUAUUUGAAAAACGAUUCAAUAAAGCAAAUAAUCUUCCAUCAAAAAAAGAAUAUUAAUAAAAAUUAAUAAUGAUGUUUCUGUUUUAAUAUUUCUAUGGUAUGUAUUUUUACGUAUUAUGUUGUAUUAUUGUAAUUAAAAUAAAAAAUUUAAUACAUAUAUCAAACAAUCAUUAUAAUAAAAAGAUAUUUCUGUGCAUUAACGUAUUUCUUUUUAAUUUUUUAUAAAUAUAGGGUAAUACUUGUAUAUUAUAUUCAACUAUACAGAUAGUCUCAAAAAAAUCAAAUUGAUUAAGAAUGGGACACAGAACAACUGAAGAUUCUUUGAUUCAAAAUACGACGAUCAAACGAAAAACUUGUUUAGAUAAAAUAUUAAUGGUUUCCAAAAUACAGGUUGUUAAAAUUGAAAAUUCAAUAUUUAUUAUUGGCUCUUAUUUUUUAUACCUAACACCAAAAAAUCAGUCAAAUAAAUUUUGCCAGUGGCGUACGGCUUAAUAAGUAACACCUUCGUCCCCACCAAAUUUUACCCUACUGUUCAAAAACUUAUUUAGACUAUACUUUUACAUUUUUUGAUGUGUUAAAAUAAAUCAUGUACUCUUGUUGGGAACUCAUAAACUGAUUGGUUUUCGAGAUAUACACACUUAACGGUGGAUAUUCUUCAUUUUAAUUUAUUUU